UACCGAGUGUGCAGAGAGGGCGUGAAGAAACCAAAAAGACCAUAGUAUCAAAGGGGUAAUCCCAUAAAAUUUUAAAUAGUUCCGUGCUUUUUGCCGCCAUUGCAUUUGCACUCUUCCAAAUCUAUUUGAUGUCAAGAAAAAAGCGAAGAAGAAAAGAAAAAAAAAGGAAAACAAGAAAAAAAAAAAACCCACUAAUUUCAUCUCCGUUUCCUAAGAAAAUUGAAUCUGAUUUUGGUUCGUCGCCAAUUUCGUCGAAAGUCCAAUUCAGAAAAGGCCUCGCCAUUGUCAGUGGCUUUUUAUUCAAGGAAAAUUGCACCAGUGAGGAAAGAAAUGGCGAACCUCCGAGAGAUAUCUGUUUCAGCUGCUUUGAAUCUUCUCUCUGCAUUUGCAUUCCUUGUGGCUUUUGCAAUAUUGAGGCUUCAACCAAUUAAUGAUAGGGUUUACUUUCCGAAAUGGUAUCGAAGGAGGAUAAGAAACAGCCCCAGGAGAUCUGGAGUAUGCUUAACCCGAUUUGUCAACUUAGAUUGGAGGACAUACAUUAAAUUCUUGAAUUGGAUGCCUGCAGCUUUGAGAAUGCCUGAACUCGAGCUCAUUGAUCACGCUGGGCUCGAUUCUGUUGUAUAUAUUCGAAUUUACCUUCUCGGCUUGAAAGUAAUUGGCCCCUUAGCUGUGCUAGCUUUUUUGGUUUUGGUACCUGUCAAUUGGACGGGGGAAACAUUAGAGGGUGUCAAGAAUUUAGCAUACAACGACAUCGACAAGCUGUCAAUAUCAAAUGUUCCAGAUGGAUCAAAAAGGUUCUGGGUGCAUAUUGUUAUGUCAUAUGUAUUUGCACUUUGGACAUUUUAUGUGCUAUAUGUUGAAUACAAAGAAGUAGCUGCUAUGAGGUUACGGUAUCUAGCAUCAGAAAAUCGUCGUCCUGAUCAAUUCACUGUUCUAGUGAGAAAUGUUCCUCCUGAUCCUGAUGAAACAGUUAGUGAGCACAUUGAACAUUUUUUUCGUGUAAAUCACCCCGACUCUUAUCUCACUCAUCAGGUUGUAUAUAACGCAAAUAAGCUUGCAAAAUUGGUUCAAAAGAAGAAGAGUUUACAAAAUUGGUAUACUUACUACCUUAAUAAGUAUGAGAGGACUUCAAAGAGGCCGACCACAAGGACAGGUUUCGGUGGUGUUGUUGGCACUAAAGUUGAUGCAAUCGAUUAUUACUCUUCUGAGAUUCAGAAGCUGAGUGAAGCAGAAGCUUUAGGAAGAGAAAAAGUCCUGAGUGAUCCAAAGGCCAUAGUUCGAGCAGCAUUUGUUUCAUUCAAGUCCCGAUGGGCGGCUGCUGUCUGUGCUCAAACUCAGUUAUCCCAUAACCCAACAAUUUGGUUGACAGAAUGGGCCCCUGAGCCACGUGAUGUUUAUUGGAGGAAUCUUGCAAUACCAUAUUUUGAUCUCACCAUUCGAAGGUUGCUCAUGGCCAUUGCACUUUUUUUUCUUAUUUUCUUCUUCAUGAUCCCUAUAGCUUUUGUUCAAUCUCUAGCCAAUAUUGAAGGGAUUGAGAAGGUUUUUCCUUUCUUGACGCCUUUAAUAGAAACGAAGUCUGUCAGGUCCUUCAUCCAAGGGUUUCUCCCUGGGAUUGUACUAAAGAUAUUUCUCAUUCUACUUCCAACAAUUCUUAUGAUGAUGUCCAAGGUAGAAGGAUUUUCAUCACGCUCAUCUUUGGAUAGAAGAUCAGCUGGGAAAUAUCACCUAUUCCUUCUCGUAAAUGUAUUUCUUGGAAGUAUUAUCACUGGCACGGCAUUUCAGCAGCUUAAAACUUUCCUUCACCAGCCUCCAACAGAGAUUCCAAAAACUGUUGGUGAAUCUAUCCCAAUGAAAGCCACUUUUUUCAUUACUUAUACAAUGGUUGAUGGAUGGGCGGGGAUUGCUGCAGAAAUCCUCAGAUUAGUACCGUUAGUCAUUUUCCACCUGAAAAAUAUGUUUUUAGUGAAAACAGAACAAGAUAGGGAGGAAGCAAUGGAUCCUGGUUGUUUGAACUUUGCAACAUAUGAACCAAAGAUACAAUUUUAUUUCUUGCUUGGACUUGUUUACUCUGCUGUCACACCUGUACUUCUUCCUUUUGUCAUCAUCUUCUUUGCUUUUUCCUAUGUGGUAUUUCGUCACCAGGUCAUCAACGUGUACGAUCAAAGAUAUGAGAGUGGAGGCUCAUUUUGGCCAGAUGUGCAUCGACGUCUGCUUAUUGGUUUACUAAUAUCUCAAUUUCUUCUAAUGGGAUUGUUGAGCACAAAGAACAUUGAGAAGUCAACAAUUGCACUUCUUCCUCUUCCUAUUUUGACCAUUUGGUUUCAUGUAUACUGCAAGGGCCGUUUCCAAUCUGCAUUUGUAAGGUUCUCGUUGCAGGAUGCAAUGACCAAAGAUACCCUAGAACGGGCAACAGAGCCUAACCUAAACUUGAGAGCCUACCUUAAGGAUGCUUAUGUACAUCCAGUUUUCAAGGGCAGAAGCCACUUCGACAGCCCUCUGUUGGUUCCUGAUGAAGAGAACAACACGCUCGUUCUGACAAGGAGGAGCAGUUAACGGUGCUCGGUAUCAAGUUCUGAUGGUAGUUAGAGAUGGAAUAAACCAGCAUGGGUGUUCAGUAUUAGCAUUUGGUCUUCAUAUUCUUAUUCUAUCUUCUUGUAGGUAUAAUAUAAGUAUACAACAAGAUUUUGGUAUUGAGUUAUUAAAACGUAGCCAGAAAGAUGGUCGAAACAAAUUGCUUAUUCAUUAAGUUGGUUCUGAAUGAACUUAAGAUGAUUCUCUUGCUUUUCAACAUUAAAACGAAAAACAUUAAAUUGUUUGGUUUGGUAAAA